ACUCAACCUGGAGGAGCAGAGCCAGCAGCAGGAGCGGCUGAUGCUGUCCAUCCUGCCCAAGCACGUGGCGGACGAGAUGCUGAAGGACAUGAAGAAGGACCCGAGCCAGAAGGAGCUGCAGCAGUUCAACACCAUGUACAUGUACCGACACGAGAACGUCAGCAUCCUCUUCGCCGACAUCGUGGGCUUCACGCAGCUCUCGUCGUCCUGCAGCGCCCAGGAGCUCGUCAAGCUCCUCAACGAGCUCUUCGCCCGCUUCGACAAGCUGGCCGCCAGGCACCACCAGCUGCGGAUCAAGAUCCUGGGGGAUUGCUACUACUGCAUCUGCGGCCUGCCCGAGUUCCGCGAGGACCACGCGGCGUGCUCCAUCCGCAUGGGGCUCGCCAUGGUCGACGCCAUCGCCUCGGUGCGGGAGCGCACGCACACGGCCGUGGACAUGCGCGUGGGCGUGCACAGCGGCGCGGUGCUCGGCGGCGUGCUGGGCCAGAAGCGCUGGCAGUACGACGUCUGGUCCACCGACGUCACCGUGGCCAACAAGAUGGAGGCGGGCGGCAUCCCCGGGCGCGUGCACAUCUCGCAGAGCACCGUGGACUGCCUCAAGGGAGAGUUCGAGGUGGAGCCGGGCGAGGGCGGCUCCCGCUGCGACUACCUGAGGGACAAGGGCAUCGUCACCUACCUGGUGGUGGUCCCCAAGCAGGGGCUGCGGCACGGCGUCAACGGCGUGAAGCUGUCCCUGACCUCGUCCCAGGGCGUGUCCCCCCCUCCUGUCACCACCAACGGUGGCCUCAGCCCGGAGCCGCCUGAGGACGCCGAGCGCGGCCGCAGCAGCUCCGUGGAGCUCGACGACGACGACGACACCGAGGUCCCCAACCCGUCGUUCCCGAACCCGCGUCGCCGGCUGCGUCUGCGGGACCUGGCGGAGCGCGCGGCGGGGGCGGCGCAGAACGAGCAGGAGCUGAACCGGCUGCUCAACGAGGCCCUGCUGGAGCGCGAGAGCAUCCGGGCGCUGAAGGGUCGGAGCACGUUCCGGCUGUCGCUGCGCUUCAGGGACCCGGCCAUGGAGACGCGCUUCUCGCUGGAGAAGGAGAAGCAGAGCGGCGCCGCCUUCAGCUGCUCCUGCGUGGUGCUCGUCUUCUCCACCCUCGUGGAGGCCACCGUGGACCCCGGGUUGGUGACCAACUACGUGACGUUCGUGGUGGGCGAGGCGCUGCUGGCGGCGCUGACGCUCUGCUCCUCGGCCGCCGUCUUCCCCAAGGGUUUCCCCAAGAAGCUGGUGGCCUUCUCCACCUGGAUCGACCGCACGCGCUGGGCGCGCAACUCCUGGGCGGCGGCGGCCGUGGCCGUCGUCACCGCGGCCGACGUCGUGGACAUGCUGGCCUGCCACCGCCACCGCUGGCUGGUGACCAACGCCACCUCGGGGACACCCCGCUGGUGAUGGCGGGGCGGCGGCGGCUGCGCCGAGCACCCCAAGUACUUCAGCUACAUCGCCCUGCUGGCCCUGGUGGCCACCGUGAUGCUGGUGCAGGUCUGUUGCUAUCUUGUUGUUAUAUUCUUAAAGAGUCCACACCUUCUCUAGAUGUUCCUCGUGGCUGCGUGUUCCUCAGCACGUCGGGGUCACCACUUGUC